GACCAGCUUGAAGGAGAAUGGGAGGAUGAGGGGUUGGGAGUGUUUGAGGGAGGGUUGGGUGCGUGCAUGGUUGUUAGGUAUAUGGAUACGCCUGUUGGUCCAUACGACGAACUCAUGCUCAUCCCGGGCAAUUUCAACGUCCCCCAACCCCCCUCCACUCCCCUCAAGAUCCCCAAAAAAGCGCUUCGAAUCGCACGCAUAUACGUCUCCCAACGCACCACAACCUACAAUGGGCGCCUCAAUUGGAACAUCCCUAAGCAUCUCGCCCGCUUCUCCUUCUCUGCACCCGUCACACCCCACGGCACCUCGCCACCCCAGGACCUCACUGUCAAGGUCUUCCCUCCAGGCACGCAAGAUGGCGAUGGCGUAAAGCCGUUCUUCGCAUGCAAGCUCACGCCCUGGCGAUGGGUGCCGCCCGUGCCGGUCAACAUGGGAUGGGUCCCGAUUAGUAUGAUGCAUGUACAGCCUCCUAUCCCGGAGUCGGCAGGGCAUAAGAGGGCUGUCGCUGCGGAGCUAGAGGAUCGAGAGAGAGGAUUAGUUAUUGAUCCGUACGAUGUUAGUUCGAAGAAUGAGGUUGCGGUUGCUGCGGGUACGGAUAGCUGGUGUGCGUUUGAUAUCAAUGGUAGGGUGCAGAGGGCGAGGGGAUGCUGGGUUGAGGUUUUUAAGACGGGGGUGACAGACGAGGAGGAGAGGUAUUGGCCGAAAGGGUUGAAACCGUGGAGUUUUGGUGGGUGGAUGGAGGAUGCGGUGUUGGAGAUUGAGGAGCCGCUGGAGUGGAAACUGUAAGUGUAUAAAGAACCCACAUUCCAUAUUAUCUUCCUUUAUACCUCAUUUGAUCUAGCGUACUAAGAAUUGCGCUGCUCUGAGCGAAUUUACAGACUUCAGCGGGUUUUGGGAUAUCGGCUUCGAUCAAGUGAAGUGAAGGGGUCGGUAUUGUACAGCCCUCAGCGGUGUAUC